AUGGAUAUCACUGACUUUAUUUUUGCCCAGCGAGAGGAUGUUCUUCUCGCUGGCGACUACAAUGGCUACCGCGCCCACGCAACUCGCAAAUUGCACAAACUCCGCAAGAAGCUGGGACAGACCACCCCCAAAGGUCGAAAGUACACUGCCAAACCGCCGGUGAGCGCCGAGAAUAUCAACAAUAAUGUGGCAUACGUUCAUAUCCUCCUUUUGAGCUCCGAACGGGCAUGGGCACAGGCCAUGCACAUGAAGUCCGCACACUCGGCAGAUCCAUCGGCGAAGGGGAUUGUCGGAGCUGUCCGGCGGCAGAUCAUCUCAAGACUUAACAAGGCAACGGGCUACGCGAAACAAUUGGUACUGUUGUUGGAGGACCAGGCGGCUUCUGGGGCUACGAGUAUCGACGUCCUCGAAGCACGCGCAUACCUUGCGACGCUUUCCGGUGCACUAUGCCUGGACAAGCGCCAAUGGAAGCAAUGUGUUGAGCAUUACUCCAUCGCCAAAGUGAUCUAUACCGCACUCGGUCAAAAGUCUAAACGAGAUGCAUUCCGGGAUCUUCUCUCCAGCACGGUCGAUCCCAGUCUCAGAUACGCGGCGUAUCAGAUGAAAUUGCCCCGAUCCAAGCCCCUCCCGUCCUUGGCUAUCGGCUUCUUCCCAGCGGACGCCCAUGUCCGCGCAGAGGUUGAAAAGGUGGACCCGAAUUGUUUCAAUGAGGAAGCCGCUGGGACUCAAAAAACGGCCGAUGGAGGAGUUCAGCAACUCCCCGAAAAUAUUACAUGGAGGUCUCGGACCGUUCCUUUGGAGGAUGCUGCGAUCUCCCAAGCUCUGGCUGCCGCUGCCGCUUCAGAAUCUCGUCUCACGUCGUGGCUUGCGGAUGCUUCAGGAAAAGCUGCCUCCUCAAAGGACAAGGCCGCCGCCUACGAUAAUGUCAUCAUCGCGAGUCAAGAUGCGGUUGAUGCGACCAAGACGGCAAUUGAUGAUCUUGCUGGCGAGGGGGUAGAUCCGGGAGACAAACGAAUGCAGAGUCUGCAGGUUACUCGUACUGCCGUGAAUUAUGCUUUGGUGGGAUGGCGAAUCGGGCGCAAUCGCGUCUUGUGUGGUGAGCAAGACGGCAUCUCCUUUGAGGCCGACCAGAUCAAAUCGCACAAGAGUGGCAAAUCGCGAAGCAAGCACGAUGAUGCGAAGGGCAAAAAAUUGGGGCGCCUGCGCGAGAGAGUCGUCUUGUACGAUUCUACGCUACAGAGUAUCGAAUACAUCCUGGAGCUACCUGGUGUAGCCGCGGACACUGCUUUCGUAAAGGAAAUGGAAGUCAAGAGCUCUUACUUCCGCGCACUAAGAUGUCUUUCCAUUGGGCGGUCCCACGGCAUCUUAGGCAAGUCCCAGAAUGCGCUCGCAUUGUACUCACAGGCGUUGACCCUCUCCUCCGAAGCUUCGGGCACUGCACCGGCCUCGGAUGCGGAAGGGCCACCCAGGAUUGACGUUUCACGAGGCCAGUUCCAGACCCUUGUGUCGACCUUGCAGGGGCUGGUUGCACAAUACCGUGGACUGGUGACCUUGGAAAAACUUUCCGAGGCGCAGCAAUCAAACUCGGCCACCCCGCGCCCUGCCGUUGAACGACUGCAUGAAUACUCCGGCGACGGAUUGGAUCUGGCGAAUCUCGUGCCAUACCCGCCUCAGAUGCAACCGAUCCCCGUGAAGCCUCUCUUCCUUGACGUUGCAUGGAACUACAUUGAUUAUCCCCGUGAGGGUGACGCCAACCAGGGUGCCACUCAAGUCGAGGCUGAACCCCCGGCAGAAGAAAAGAAGGGUGGCCGGCGAGGUUGGUUUGGUUUUGGACGCUAG